AUGACAAUCCAAAGUGAUCAUCAUCAUCAUCAUCUCCUAGAAGAUGUAUGGGCAAGUUUCAUUAAUGGAGGACAUGAAGGAGACAAGCAAACAAACAAUGCACAAGAGGAUUCCAAAUCAUGGAAAGAAUUGCCCAGUCUUGACAGAAGAGAAGGGUCGACGGAGAUCCUUCAAAGGUUACCGAGUUUAGGCCGGUGGAUGUCGAUGGGAGCCGACGCCUGGGAGGAGCUUCUUGCCGGAAUAGACGUCCCCGCUAGUGACAACACAGGUCCUGCUUCCAAUUAUACUUCAGAAAACAAAGACUCCAAAUUGAAUCCUGUCAAAAGAGAUCAUCAGCGAACAGCUCCAAGACACUACAGAGGCGUGAGGAGGCGACCAUGGGGGAAAUAUGCAGCAGAGAUAAGAGACUCAUCGAGAAAAGGAGCUCGAGUUUGGCUUGGGACUUUUGAUACAGCUGAGGAAGCAGCUUUAGCUUAUGACAAAGCUGCGUUAAGAAUCAGAGGACCAAAGGCACAUCUCAACUUCCCACUAGAGACAGUUGCUAAAGCCAUGGGCAUCAACGAGAACUUCAAUAAUAUUUCAUCGUCAACCUGUAAAGGAAGUGACAGUUCGUGUAAUAAUGUUUCAGGCCAUAGAAAGAGGGUUUCAAGAGACUGGGAAGAGAGGAUGAGUGAAGAUCAUGCAUCGAAGAGAAGGGCUUGUGUGGAAGAUCAGACGUUUGGGAAUGAGUUUGAUGUGUUAGAGUUUCAGGAUCUGGGCAGUGAUUAUUUGGACAAUUUGCUGUCUUCCUUGUGAUUCAGGUACUAAUAGACAACGAUGUUCGAUGUUAUCUACGUUGUUUUAUAGGUAAAAUACUUGUUUUUAUACGUAUCAUAUACAUACGGAUUGGGGUGGUCUGGGUUUAUUUGUAGUCGACAGGUUUAUAUACAAUUGGCUUUGAUUGAGUCUCAAACUGGAGACUCGUAGUUCUAGAAAUGUUUUUAAUGCUUUUUGGCUAAAAUUCUUA